AUGACAGCAAGUUACUUUAUGACCGAUCUGGUUGCUGAUAGUUUAUCUUCGAAACUUGAUGUGGAAUGGUCUGAUGCUGCAUUGUUCACUCCAUGCCAUAAUGAGCAAGCUUUACUCUACGAGUAUGCUGAUUGUUUAGCAGUGCAAGCAUUUUUGAAAAUGGCUGAACUGCCAGUACACUUGGAAGAACGUCCCAAUGCGGAAUUUAUGUCACCAUCAGGGAAAGUUCCAUUUUUGAAGUUGCAAACAAUUCUAAUACCUGGAUUUCAACCAAUUGUUGAUUUUGUUGCAAAACGUGGCGUAAAUUUAUCAGCUGGUUUGACGGAUGCUGAACAAGCAGAUAUGUAUGCACACAUGGCUCUUUUGGAAGAAAUGUUGAGAAAUAUUGAAAUAUAUAUGAUGUGGAUAGAUAACAGAAAUUACUGGCAAGUGACUGAAAACCGUUAUGGUUCGGUGUAUUCAUGGCCUCUAAAUGUGAUUUUACCUAGAUUGAAGCGACGCGAGAUGAGCAGAUAUUUAAAUGCUUUGGGAUGGAAGAAUAAGUCGGAAGAAUGUAUCAUUGAUUUGGCUGAUCGUUGUUUCAAAAGUAUAUCAUCGAAACUUGCAUCUAACGACUAUUUUCUCAGCAAAUCACCUACUGCAUUAGAUGCUCUAGCAUUUGGUCAUCUCUAUACCAUUUUGACUACAGAAUUGCCGAACAUGGAUUUAGCAAACUGCCUUCGACGAUAUUCAAACUUAACUGAAUUUUGCCAGAAAAUUGAUAAACAGUAUUUUACACCUAAAUUUAUUCAUGUUCCGUGA